AAUUACCAUGGUGAUGUAAGUGCAGACAUUGGCCUGUCUGAGUAUAUACAAGAUCUCUUGAGCACAGGAUCCAGACAGACCUCGAGCAACAUCUCAGUGCCCAGCCUUCCCCUAACCCUACACUUGUACACAGAGGGGAGAGGAUGCAGACCGCAAACCAUGACUUGAACAAACAGUGGCAGCAACAGGCCCGGGCACUGAGUAGAGAAGCUCGAGGAGAGGGCCUGAAUCUAGGGAAAAAGGUCAGCACACCAAAGGAUGUAAUGAUUGAGGAGCUGAACCUGACAUCCAACAAAGGUUCCAGGAUGUUCCAAGAGAGGCAGAAAAGAGUUGACAGGUUCACAGUGGAGAACACAGCAGAUUCUUCUGCCAUCAUAUAUGAUGGCCUGGAUCAGAAGCAGGCCCAGAGCCAAGUCCAGUCAGCAUCACAGGCUCAAGGAGGGAAGGAGAACAUGGCACACCCCAUAGCCGGUAAACAUAGUCUGGUUACCACUCUGAUGGAAACUGUCUCCAAGAAAGGCAGCCCCAACGUCCUUGCUCCAGGCUACUCUGGUCCUUUAAAAGAAAUUCCUCGUGAAAAGUUCAACAUUACUGUAAUCCCUAAAUCCUAUUGCUCACCAUGGAGAGAGGCACUGCGGGGCAAUGAAGAGCUACUAUCCUCCAUGAACCCACAGGUCCCUGAACCAGAGAAACUUCAGCCUGCAAACUACAGAUGCUUCAACAGGGUAGCGAUGCCAUUUGGAGGUCCCAUGCAAAGUAAGAGGGUUAUUCCCACCAUCAGCUUUGAAGCAGUGGAGUCCAAGAAUUUACCAUGCUCCACAGUGGAGAGGAUGGUCAAACGGCCCUGUUUCAACAGAGCACCUCGCGGCUGGGCCACAAGUUACCUACCCGAGUCAAAUGAACUAUGAGUGCUUCAGGGUCAAAGCCCUGAUUGCCUAAAAUUUACUUACAGCUGAGAGCCUGUGUGACUCAUCGACAAUAAUUCUGGGUUUGCUGCAGACAGCAGAAUAUCAAGUUUUACCACGGCCAGUCAUAAAGCUAGAACUGGGGUGCUAACUGGGAUAAUGUGGGUCUUUGAGAGAAAGGUUGAGUCUUUGUAGUAGGCAGUAACUGUAACCUAAAAGCUUAUGAUAAAUUCACUUAAACUUCAUUUAUUCAAAUGUUGUUGAUGCAAAAAGGAUGCCAGAAUAUGAUUCUCAGUACAAGUUUGUUUUGUUUGGCCCUUAAAAGAACAGUACGCCUAAUUAACUGGAAUAUGUCACUUUAACAAGUGAUCUUCAAAAGUGUCCAAGAUUUAUUUUAUAAUUAAAUUCUGAGUUGAACUA